CCUACCCCCCCAAGUUCAUAUAACACGUCUGGGUUGCAGCGAUGGGGGUGCACGCGUGCCUCCUGCGCGCUCCACUCGCGGCCAACAUGGCGGGCGUUGGGCGCGCGCUCCUCGCCGCGAUGCUGGCGCCGGCGGCCCUGAAGGGCGCGGCCGGGCUCCACCUCCAGGCCGCGGGCGACAGCGCCGGCUGCGCGGCGCUGACGAACCACGGCACGCACUUCACGAUCGACGUGGACGUCGGCACGCCCUCGCAGAGGUUCAGCGUGGUGGCGGACACGGGCAGCAACACCCUCAUCGUCCCGUCGUGCCAGUGCCAGAAGGCGGGCAAGUGCGACACGACCGACAGGUGCUUCACCGGCUCGAACAAGUCCUCGUCCUUCCACCUGGAGGUCGGCGAGAGGGACGAGCCCGUGUCCAUGGUCCUUUCCUACGGUAGCGGAGACAUCCAGGGGGUGGUGGUCCAGGAGAAGGUGAGCGUGGGCGGCGUCGACGCCGACCUGAAGGACGGCCUCCUCCUCAUGGUGGACCGCGCUCUGAAGAUCAGCGGGUCCUUCGAGGGCAUCCUCGGCCUGGGCCUGCCACAGGCCCCGACGAAUUGGACUGCCGUGGAGGAGCAGGAGAAGCAGCAGGCCGCCGGGGCCGGGGGCCAGAGCAUGGAGGACGUGAUCAAGCAGAUCAUGGGCCAGGCCGGAGCGGGGGGCCAGAGCAUGGAGGACAUGAUCAACCAGAUCAUGGGCCAGGCGGGCGCCUCCGGGCCAGAGGGCGGCGCGGGGGCCAUCCCCGACCAGAACAUGCGCAAGGCCCUGAAGGCCGCAGUGGAGCAGCCGAAGCGGGUCCACCGCGACUCGCCCACGGGCUUCCUGGAGCAGGCCGGCAUCGGUCGCUUCUCGAUGUGCUUCAACGACGGCAGCGACGGGGUCCUGCGGAUCGGCGAGCCGCCUUUGCAGCAGAGCCACGGCGGCAUGGGCACCGAGCACUGGGGCGUGGACUUCCGGGGCGUCUCGGUGGGGAGCCACGCAGCGGGGGACGUGCUCUUCUGCCACGGCGAGAACAUGACGGAGGAUCAGAGGCAAGUGAAUCACGUCAUGCAGGAGUUUGGGCCAUUCGAUUUUGAUCGCUUCGAGUCUGCAUUCUUGGACCUGCCAGGGGCGGUAACCCACGACUCCAGGAGCAAGCCUGUUCGAACAAUUCUUGAUUGGUUGGACGCGACGCGAGACUUGAAGCAAAUGCGGAUGAAGGAUGCAGCUUGUGAAAAAUGGAAUAAGAUCAUCAGUGGAGCACGCGAGGUUGAAAACGCGCCGAUUGAGGAGACGGUGGGCUACAAUGUGUUGCGGUACGCUCGGGUACGGGUCGACUGCGUGGCCAUGUUGUUGUGGAGGGAGCGGUUCGCCAGGCUCGACGGCGACGGAUUCGAUAUACAUUUGCACAGCGAUGGGUCACCACAAUGGGCUGGGGUGGAAUUGUUCGCGUCCACGUUCGAUAUAUUGACACCUUGCGCGCAGGGCCCGAGCAAGUAUCAUGUGGACAGGCGCCUGCUUCCGUUGAUCAGCAUCGGCAUGUCAAUGUUCAGUGCGCUUGGGAAGUGUUUCGCGCUCCUCUGGCAGGUCUUCCUCAUAGCUGGGCCGCGCUUCGAAGAUGUUCGCAAAUUUCUUAACAUAGUACGCUCGCUGACAGUUGACUUCGGCACUGAGCGGUUGCUGGCGGAUUACGAGGACGUCCUGCCGUGGUUCUUCGGAGUCAAAGCCAUCAACAAUUUCGCGAGGCACUAUAGGUUGGAUUUGACACGGCUGCUCAAGGAUGUGGAGGCGUUCGGCGCGGCCGAUCUUGUGCAGACUGCGUCUUUGCCAUAUUUUGCGGAGUGGAGGUGGGGAACUUUACAUGGCGUCUUGAAGUCGCUCGAAUCCUGCAUCGCGGCCGUCGUGGCGUCGAUUGACCUCGGCGCGUUUAUCAAGUGGCAGACGGCAACCAAGAUGGUCAAAGACGUCCAGGAGGCAUUCGGAUCGGGGCAGUUUCACAUUGAAUUGAAGUUCGUGGUGUGGUUUACCAGUUGGUUGACUGAGUUGCAGAAUGCAGCGACGUGGUGUCCUUGUCAUUUGGGAGCUUGCAAGAGGAAGGAGUACCCUGACUGCAACAUGCGAGGCCGUAUACUGCCAAUCGUUCCGGAUAUCAGAUCACAUUUCCUUGCUGAAUCCAUUGCUACGAUAGAACAGUGGACGAUCACGCAGUGGAGAGAUGCAAAUACAUUGAGGCUUUUGCAAGGCAGCGCGCGGUGGGCGCACGGCCUGAUUCUCGAGGUCGCACGGUUUGCAGAUAUGAUCCCGCACCUUUUCAGCCGACUUGAUCAGCCUCAUGUGAAGGAGGAGUGCGUUCGCCAGUACACGUCGGAAAGCCACGACCAGCAUCAUAGAGUUUCGCAGUAUUUCAUGGACCCCGCUGGCCCCAUGCGGCGACUAGUUGAUGAGGUAUCGGAGGCAGGUGAGAUCAACGAUGAGCAUCUCAAGAGGGAGGUCGAGUCCGUCGCCAACAUCAGUCUUGACGACAAUGUGAAUGAGAGCCCCCACGCACACGUCAAGCGCGAGAUGGGCAGAUGCCGUCCAGCACUCUUUCCUUGGAAUGCGUCUUCUUGCAGGUUGAACCAAAACCUAGAGGACCUGAAGUACUUAGGUUCUGGAGGGGACUCGGAAUUGCAGAAGUUAUUGAACGUUUGCUCGUCGACCAUCCAGGUGGAGAGUAGGAAGCUUGGGCGCAACCCACGGUGUACGAAACAAGUGUUCACGGACAAGCUGUACAUGCGUCCUAAGCCAGAUGUUGCUGCCACUGGCGACGGCGGAGGUCGACGUCGGCUUCGCGAUCAGGUCGACAUGGCGAUGCUUGUGCGUGAGUGGCUGAUCAGCUCAAUCAAGCAGUUCGAGUAUCUGAGCCUUUGGACUAUCAACGCCGAUGGCAACAUGCAGAUCAGAGUAUUCCAGAUCCUGAGUUGUAACGUCAACGUCGUGAGCGUCACGACGUUCGAGAGCACCAAGCCCAAUGAGUUCGGCUUGAAGGUCUGCGUCCAAGAGCUGGAGGUGUGGAAAGUGGACACCAUACGCUACGACACGAAUCUGAUUGACGUGUUCACGGGCUCCCCUCCAGAGCAUGUCGACAUGCUCGGCCUCGUUGGCACAGACGAGAGGAACAGGCGCCAGAUGAAGUACUGGACUUGGGCCGAGUCUGACUUGGACGGCUGCCUGGCGCUCGCUUCUCCACGACCGCGCUGCCCGACGGUGGAGCUCAAGGACGCGCCUGGUUUCGUCGGCUGCGGCCGCAUCGUGACCCGCGUCCCAGGCGGCCCCGCAGAGUUCGAUCAUCGCAGGCUCCCAUCCAAGCGUUUUUAUCUGUUAUGCGUCUUGGCACAGCCGCACCUCUUUAGCAACGGGUGCGUUCAAUUCAAGUCGAAUGGACCUCAGGCGUACUUCAAGGCAUUACUGAAGGAUCCAACGGCGGUGCCAGGGCUGCCAGCAAUCAAAUACAUUGAAAAUGACGGUGAAUCUCACGACGGCCCAGCUCCAGCACAACUACUGGGGCUUCCGACCAGGUCGGCCACGAGUGAGGCGGUGGCGAGAGUUGAUGCAGACAUCGACGGCGACGAUGGCUCCCUCCAUCGCGCGCCAGCCCCGCUACAGCUUGCAGAUGACGGCGGCUCCAGCGCGCACUCGCACACAUCUUCGUCGCACGCUUCUGUCGAUGAAGGCUCCGUGGACGGAGACACCGCUGUCGGGCCAGACUCGUGCCCGCUCUUCAUCGACGGCAUGACCGUCACUCGGGAGUCCCACCUUGGCCGAGGGGACUUCGGACUGAGAGUGAAGUGUUCGAACCCAUCUCACGUGAAUUGCAGUUGCUACCGAUCAGUUAAGCUGUGGACGGAGGAGUUUGGGGUUGAUGCACCAGCGUUGUUUCUGAAAACGUGGAUGGCCAAGAGUUUGUCCGACUUGGCUGGUGGACCCUGCUAG